AUGCAUCUCUUGGGGAAAUUGUGCGAAGUUGCAGCUAACAGAGAAUAUAUAUAUUUUGAAAUUUCUGCAACUUCAGCAGCUUGGCUUCUUUGUUCGCUCGUACGCGCAGCACCGGGUUUGUUGCGGCAGGCUAUUGCGUCGCUCGAAAAAAAAGAUUUCCUGACAUACGACAACUGCGUCAACUUCUCCGUUUUGAACGUUGUUUCUCGAAUGUGCCAGUCCAUAACUGCUGUACAACAAUUAAUGUCUCUAGGAUUCCUGAAAUUUUGGGUUCAGCACAUUAUCGAGAUAUGUCAGGGCAACUUAUCUGAUGACAAAUUACUAUCUUGCGAGUCCUCACAAAUGGAGGAGCUAGUAAGCUUAGUGCAUUGUGUAGCGUCACUUUCCUUUAUUCGAGCAGUAGUUGAAUAUUUGGAUCAUGAAGGAUCUCCGUUAUUUCGGCCUUUGAUUUCUUUUUCUGUUAUGGCAAUCAAAUGCGUAUCUCACGUUGCAAAUAAUUGGCCUUUCAAAUUGGAAAAUGCCACUAUUAAUUUGUUGUGCAGAUGUGCCGCUGCAGGUGGAGGCCACAGAGGUCGCAUUGCUGCUACAUUGUGUGACAUCCUGCGAUCUAGUGGUCUCGGUGGCUCAGUACAGCAGAUGGUUUUACGCUGUGUUUUGGAAGACGAGACAGUUACAGUGAAGGUUUUUGACAAAAUUUCGCAGUCUAAUUCAUUAAGUUAUGAAAUUUCAGAUCGUUUAUUACACCCCGUGUUCGGGUGUCUUCGACGAGAACGAGUGUUAACAGUAUCGCAGUAUUCGAGCUUUUGUGAAAUCCUUGAUAUGGCUAAGAUGAAAUCAGUCAAGAAGGCUAGUUUGCAAAAUGUUGUCCUUUGUAGGUUUCGAGUUUUCCGACAGUGA